GAUAUUUUCAUCAGGCAUAUGAACGGGCAGCCGGGGGUCCUCAAGCGUCGUGAGGGAAACACUACAUGGCGCAGUAAAGAAGUUCUACAGGGAAGGUCAGGAUGGUGCAAAAAAUACUCAACAAGUUCGUCGGAGCCAAGUACAUUACGAUUUUAAGGACAUGGGUACCAAACAUGGUGGCCUGGGGGUCAGUGGGCGGCGUGGCACUCGUCCACUUCACAGACUGGCGGUUAAUCCUAGACUACGUGCCAUACGUUAAGGGAAAGUUCCGCAAUGAUGAGUGAAGCCUUUUUCUGAAACAAUUGGCCAGAACAUAUUUUUGGACGAGCACAAGGGUGGACGGCUUCCCCUGGGCCAGUUAAAAUAAUUGAUGUGCAGCAGAGACGUGUUAGAGGAUGCAUACUGUGUAAUUGUUUUGACCCAUUAGUAUUUAAAUGUAAAUAAAUCUUUAAAGUACA